ACCAGGAGACAGCCAUCUUUCACCCCGAGUGUGACUCUUUUUUUUGUUUAACAAAGAGUCAUGACUCCUCCCGAAUCAAAAGAAUAUGAUUUGGGAUCAAAACGGAAUCCAGUAGAUCGACUUCUGUUUUCCGACAUUACGCCCAUGGCGGAAGAAAGUGCCGUGUCGCAGGUUUUUGAGUGUGGGGGAUUGCCUUACCACGAUUGGAGAUCAUAUCUACUCUAGGAAAUCGCUCCAUGCCUUGUGCCUGGUCAACAAGCGACUAAACGCCGUGUUCUCGCUAGCCCUCUAUUCCCAUAUCAGUCUCCGCGGACAGGAUUGUGUGGCUUCCGAUGACACUAUUGACCGCAUGAUUGCUAGCCAUUGGCUGGUCUGCACCAAAUCCCUAGAGCUUGAUAACUUCUCCGAUCCGACCUAUGGAGUGCCUACCACGAGUCGUCUGAAAGCCUGGAAGAUCCUCCAGGAACAAAUUGUCCGCUUGACCAGUCACACCCCGAAUCUGAGGAAGAUAGUGUGGCGCAACACGCAUAUCACAAAGCUGACGAUCAAGGAAAUUCACCGUCUCUGUCCUCAUAUCGAGCAACUUUCAGCAGAAUCGCUGAGCUCUGUGUUGGAGAAAACACGGUCAGCCCUGCAUUCCAGAGAACUAGCAUACAUCAGCGAGCCGUGCCCACUCUCUUUUCCUGCCCAUCUAACCUCUCUGAGACUUUAUAACCUUCGCGGCAAUGUUUCCCAGUGGGUGGAGGAUAUCGUUGGUAUCCUUAUCAACUCUCCGGGGCUACUCGAGCUUGGCAUCUCCCUGAACCAUAACGAGCUCAUCGAGCAGCACGCAACCUUUACAGAUUGCCGAGGGGGCGGCCAUCCUUACACCACGCGAUGCAAUACCCAGCCGGAAUAUGCCAACUUCUUCCCCAAUCUUUGCGAGGAGUACCUGAAGAAAGAAGGCGUGCAGCUGAAGCUGACAUCCCUGAAACUCGGCAUGAGCAUGAUGCUAAUCAAAGGAUUUGUUGGUUUUCAGGGGGUGGCAUUCGAUGAAGACGACAAAAUCCAAGGAAUGCAGGCCCUCUCUAGCUUCAUGGAUCUGACCAAGUUGAAUGACCUCGCCAUAUUCAAUAGAGGUAUCAUCGGUGUCGUCAAACGACCCGUUCAUUGCAUAUUGACGGCCAGCUAUGGCAGUGAUGGAUUUGCCUGGUUGGCUUCCUCCCUACCCAACUUCUUCCCUAACCUCCGAGUCUUGUCACUGCUUCACCUCACCACUGUCGUGGCCAGGGCACUCGCGGCCGUCGAUUGGGGGUACAUGUCGAAGCUUGGGCUUCACAUUAGCGACUGGGAAGUCCACCAGUUGGUCCACCCGAGCCAUUCGUAUCACACUCUCCUCGCUGCCUUUGGCACCCAUCAGCGUGCCAUCAGACCUGAGCACUCUGGCUCCCUCGACUGAGCGAGAGCCAAGGGUAUAGACUUUGGGCUGAGUUCCAUCUCCACGGUCCGGACCCUGUCGAUGGAGAUCCACCGAGACUUUUACGACUCUGCGUUCACCAAACCGCUCGCCGGGAUGCCAAACCUCGAGCACCUGUGGCUGCGCUGCAGGAUGUGCAGACACGAGCAAGACUGGGACGCGAAGACCAUCGAGCGGAAGCGGCACCGCAGCUGGUACGGGCCCCGGGUGCACGGCGUGCACCUCCUCCAGCGCGUCUCGAAGUUGGAGCUCGCCCGGCACUGCCCGCGCCUGCGCUACCUGCGAGUCUGUCACGAGGCCUGCUCGAUCGUCCGCCAAGAGUCGCCCGCCAUGGCGAUGAUGCGGGACCUCGACGAGUUCGAGAACCGCGCGGUUACCCCGGAGUUCUUCCGCUACGAGGGGCCCCCCAGCCUCUCGGGGAAGCGCCGCCUCAUAAUGGUCCGAUAUACUUGACGAG